AUGAACCUUGAUGCCAAAGCUAAACCCACUGGGAACAAAAGCCUAACCUCUUAUAGCUAUUCUCCCUGGGUCUUCAAAAAGCCUCUCAAGGAUAUUACAAACUCAACUGUAAUGGUUGGGGGAAGCAAUACGGAUACGAAUAAGGUUGGUAGCAGUUCGAAGAAGGAUUGGAAAAAUAGAGUUGGAGCUAAACCCCUUAAUUUCCUAGUUGUGGAAACCUUUGGCAUGCAAGAUGAUGUUCGUGGAACUUUUUCCUUCAAUGUUGAUGGACCUUUCUUCCAUGAUCCUUCCCUGGCUAAAGAUAGCACUUUUCCUGAACCUGAACCUCCUGAUGAUUACAACAUGGAGCCUAUUGUAGGGAAUGUACGAGGUGUUGGUAAAAAUAGUUGUGCAAGCACUAUUAAGGAUUUAAAGAAAGCUUUUGACAUUGAUAUUCUUGCUGUCUUGGAGCCUAGAAUAAGUGGGUCUAGGGCCCUUACUGUUGCUCAAAACUUGGGUUUCUCUCACUAUCACAUUGUUGAUGCUACUGGUUUUUCUGGGGGUGUUUGGUUACUGUGGAAUGCUAGCUCUGUGUCUCUCCAGGUUGUUGCUCAUUCUAGUCAAUCGAUUACUGUUUUAGUGACUUUGGGGAAUCAGUGGUGUCUCCUCACUAUGGUGUAUGUUAAUCCCUACCCGGGAAUUAGAGAAUCCCUAUGGAAAUACUUUGAUGGCCUUGCCUGUGCCUCCCACCUGCCAUGGCUGGUCCUAGGCGAUUUUAAUGACAUUGCGAGUGCGGAUGAAAAAUGUGGAGGCAGCUUAGACCAGGGUGGUGGAAGCUUUAUUGAAUGGAUUGAUCGAAAUCAACUUGUGGACUUGGGUUUCUCUAGUGCUAAAUUUACUUGGUGCAAUAAGAGGAAUGUUGAAGGUAUUAUCUGGAAAAGGCUUGAUAGGGGUCUAUGCAACAUAAAUUGGCGGCUUUUAUUCCCGGAGGCUCAUCUAUCUCAUCUGCCUAGAGUGAACUUUGACCACUAUCCUGUUCUGGUCUCUUUAGAUUCCAACCACUAUCCUGCGAGAGAUUGUACUCAUUUUAGAUUCCAAGAAAUGUGGAUGUCUCACCCUGAUUUCCCUAAGUUUAUUCAUGCGAAUUGGAGUAUUGGAGAUGGCCAUGCUAGUAAAAAAUCUGCUCGCCUUAAAUCCUCUCUUAUUUCCUGGAACUGCCAAGUUUUUGGUUGCUUAUUCUAA